UGAGUGGAGGAGAGCUAACCAAAUAACGCGUAAACAAGGCGUCAUGUCGCAGAUCGCUACAUUUGGGCUUUCCCGACGCGUCGCAGGAGCGCCCGGGAUAUUCCUUCACAGCCAGGGUGACUUAUCUUCCCCAGGAACUAGUCGCCUUUUCCGUCCGAACACUGUCCUAUCCUGUGAGACCACAGCACCAGUCCUAACGCCCGCGAUAGGCAUUUAAGUCCACAUCAGUCUUCCUUCGCAUUCGACUACUGCCACCACCGCACUAGUCACCUUGACUCCAGCAUCCGCACUUGACUCAGCCUCUUCGUUAUAUAACCCCUUAGUCUACUAUGCCUUUCUUCACUACCAGCAUCACCAGCCGUGCCACUCAUACCCCCUCCGUCAUAGAUACCAUGAGCAAGGCUACCAAGCCUGAGCAUAAUACCAACUCGGAGACCACGUCUCCUUCCACACCGGAACCCCGCGUUCUCAAUGCAGUCCGAGAAUUCGAGCACGGUCGACAGCGCGCUAAGAAGUCGGCCCACACAGCGAGCUGGCGUGAGGAGAAAGCGAGGAAACGUCAGGUUAAGACUCAGAGGGCGCAGACUCUAUUCGAGCCUCCGGCCGCACACCGCCAGAAGGGCGGACACGUCAAGGUUCAGGGCAUUGACCGAGACGAGAGAGACCUUGAUGGGUCCGACUCAGACGAGGCGUUUGAUGUCGAGUUCAUCGAGACGCCGAAAUGGAGGGAGCAGAAGCUGGAAGUCGACCUUACCAAUCUCAUCCGACCCACGAAGGCACGUCGCUCGAAGGCGGGCGACUUCGAGGUGAUCCCAAGCGUCCGAUCAGUCCUUGUGCUUGACGAUCGGGACUUUGCUAUGGUGGAGGAUGACGAACCAUGGGAGUACCUCAGCGCUGGCGACGACGACUCGGAACGCAAGCCAGCAAUACCGUCAUAUGCGGAGGUCGCAGCCAACUCCCGCUGAAGCCCCGCUAUGACGGCCAAUCACGAUCGAUCAUCCGCCU